GCGGCAAGGAAAGAUUGGAAGUCGAAACAACACCAAUAGUGGAAAACCACGGAUGCGCAAAAAGCAACAUUUGGAGCACGCAUAUCACUUGCCUUGACAGACUCGGCAACAUAUUUAUACCCUCCACCCCUCUGCAACGCGAUCAUUUUCUCUACAGGUGACUCUUUUGCUUUUUUAAACUUGCCAAAAGAAAAAAAGAAAACCAGCUCCACGGAGAAAAAACAACCCAAAAAAAAAAAAAAUACAUCGUGGUUUCUGUGAAUCGCAGGCACUGCACGAACACAAACCGCAUAGAAAAUGGAUAGCUCCGGGAACACUCAGGACGCCCUUGUGCCACCAAUUGAAGGUCUUGCUGGAGGAGGUACAGCGUAUGGAUGGAAUGACGGUGGCUUACCUGAUUCAAAUGCACUCAAAGGAUCAAUUGACCCUGCACAGGUCCCAACUUCAGAUUUGGUGCAUGUAUGGUGUAUGCCAAGCACUGCGAAUGUUGGACUGCAAGAAAUGCCCAGGCAUUUAGAGCCAGUAAAUCUUCUGGCUGCUAGAGAUGAAAGGGAAAGUGUUCAGAUUGCUAUACGUCCAAAAGUUUCUUGGUAUGGCUCUGGAAUUGCAGGGGUUGUUCAGAUCCAAUGUAGUGACUUACGAUCAACAUCUGGUGAUAGAUUGGUUGUCGGACAGUCAUUACUUUUGCGGCGUGUAGUACCCAUACUGGGUUUUCCAGAUGCUCUUGUACCUGUUGACCUCCCAGUUAGUCAAAUAAGCCUAUUACCAGGAGAAACUACUGCUCUUUGGAUUUCUAUUGAUGUUCCUAGUGCACAACCCCCAGGUCAAUAUGAGGGGGAGAUCAUUAUUACAGCUGCAAAGACGGAUACAGAAUCUUCAGCUCAGUGCUUUGGCAAAUCUGAGAAGCAUCAGCUGUACAGGGAGCUUAGGAGCUCUCUUGAAGUUGUGGAAGACAUUGAUGGCAAACCAUUGGAUGAAGUGGUAGAAAGAGUGAAAUCUUCAACUACAUCUUUAAGAAGAGUUCUUCUGUCUCCAUUAUUUUCUGAAUUCUUUUCAGACAAUGGGCCAGUUGAUAUGAUGGAUGAAGAUGCUAUUUCGAACCGUUCAGUACGUGUGAAGAUAAAUUUGACAGUUUGGGACUUCAUUCUUCCUACAACUCCAUCACUUCCUGCUGUAUUCGGUAUUUCUGAUACUGUGAUUGAGGAUCGUUUUGGUGUUGACCAUGGGAGUGAGGAGUGGUACAAGUUACUGGAUCGGCAUUUUAAGUGGCUUCUUCAGUAUAGAAUCAGCCCUUACUUUUGCAGAUGGGGUGAUAGAAUGCGUGUUUUGACCUAUUCUUGCCCUUGGCCAGCUGAUCAUCCAAAAUCAGAUGAAUACUUUUCAGAUCCACGAUUAGCUGCAUAUGCUGUGCCAUAUGGUCGAGCCAUUUCUGGCACUGAUGCAGCAAAGGAUUACAUGCAGAAACAAGUUGAGAUAUUGAGGACAAAAGAUCACUGGAAGAAAGCUUAUUUUUACUUGUGGGAUGAGCCACUCAAUUUGGAACAAUAUGAUUCUGUUCGCAACAUGGCCAGUGAGAUUCGUGCUUAUGCUCCUGAUGCACGCAUUUUAACUACUUACUACUGUGGGCCAAAUGAUGCACCUCUUGCACCUACUGCUUUUGAGGCAUUUAUUAGAGUUCCAAAAUUUCUACGUCCUCAUACUCAAAUUUAUUGUACAAGUGAAUGGGUACUUGGAAAUCGAGAGGAUCUGGUCAAGGAUAUCAUUGGUGAACUACAACCAGAAAAUGGCGAGGAGUGGUGGACUUACGUGUGCAUGGGACCAUCUGACCCUCAUCCCAAUUGGCACCUUGGAAUGCGAGGUACUCAACACCGUGCUGUAAUGUGGCGAGUAUGGAAAGAAGGUGGGACAGGAUUCUUAUAUUGGGGUGCAAACUGCUAUGAGAAGGCAACAAUUCCAAGUGCAGAGAUAAGAUUUAGGCACGGCCUUCCUGCAGGAGAUGGAGUUCUGUUCUACCCUGGUGAGGUCUUCUCAUCAUCACAUGUGCCAGUUGCUUCACUAAGGCUAGAGCGCAUUCUCAGUGGUUUGCAGGACUUCGAGUACCUGAAACUCUAUGCUGCGAGGUAUGGUAGAGAUGAAGCAGCUGCUCUCCUUGAGAAGACCGGUGUAUACCAGGGCCCGGAGCGUUACACCCUUGAGCAUAUGCCAAUUGAUGUAAUGCGAGGUGAGAUCUUCAAUGCAUGCCGAUCAUGAAAUAGAAGCUCAAUACUUUGCUUCAAUGCAUGGGACUCAUGGGAGAGAUGAACACAUACUUUCAUGUGGACAAAUGAAGUGGUUUUACUUCCUCACUGUCGCAUUUGAUUUCAUGGCAAGGUGUGCCUACCAAUUAGCUUGCAGUGAGAUCUUCAAUUCGUCCAGACCAUUGUAAAUAUGACAUUCCGCUCUGCUUUCAGCUAUUUGUUCUCUAGUUUUACUUUCUUCUUUUUUUCCCCUUUUUUUAAUUAUCAAUUAUCAUUAUUACAAUUUGAAUCCAUUUACGUCUCCUUAAAUUUUAGGCAAAUGUAAAUCUCCAAAGCAGCGUGUCGCUGAUUGGACUGGAUUCUCUUUUUGAUUUCCCAGUCCUGUUUUUACUUUAACUUUGAUA